GUGGGGCCCAUAGAGAAACCAAAGACACAACUGUUUGACAUAAAAUCUGCCACCCAAAUUCCAAAUCAUAACCGUUCAAAGGCCUUCAUGAUGGUCCCCAUCUUCCCUUAUUACAACCCACAAUUUGUCUUCUUCUUCCUCUUUCCUCUGUAGUUUAAAGAGCAUCCAAAUCCAACAAGAAAAACAAAAACCUCAAACUAAACUCAAACUUGUUUUGGUGUUCAAGGUUUGAAAGGAAAGACUUGGGUACCUUUCUUUUAGUUUGAUUUGCUUGUUAAUGGAGAAAGAGAACAAGAAGAUAGAUGCAGCAGGUUUGGAAGGGUUUUCUCCUGUCUCUACAACUAGGAUUUUCUGGAAUUCCAGGAAAAGAUCAGCUAGCGGGAGGAAUGUAGACAAGGUAACAGAAGAGACUGCUAAUAUGAUACCCACCAAACAGGAAGAAGAAACUCCUGAUCAAGAGAAUGUGCCAGAUUCAGCAACAGCUUCUGAACUUUCUGGGCGCCGGAAGGCUCUCUUUGAACCACUGGAACCUAUAAAAAAUGUCAAUGGCCGGCGACCAUCGGCUGAAUCUUUACUUCCCCCACCAGACUUUGAUGCUGCAAGCUAUCCAAAGGGCUGGUUGAUUGGAAAGAAGAGGAAGCUGGUAAAUGUUGAUGUUGUUGAGAGCAUGCGAAGGAUUGCAGUCCAGGAAAUGAAUAGAAAGGACCGGGAAAUUGAUGGCUUAAAUGAGCAGUUGGAAGAGGAUGCAAGGUGCCUAGAACAUCUGCAACUUCAACUUCUACAAGAGAAAAGUAAACGGUCAGAGGUAGAGAGAGAAAAUACAAUGCUUCAAGAACAGAUAUCCAUGCUGAUGAAUCUGUUGCAGGAAGGUGAUGAAGCUCCAGAUGAACCUUAAAAAUUCAUUUAAUUGUAGUUUGUUUAUUCUUUUGUAGAGUUGUUUGAAAGUAGUAAGAAGACAGGAUUCAUGCAAAUAUACACACAUGCAUGAUCGUGAGGGGAGAAAUAGGUGAAGUCAUCAUUGUAGUAUGUUUGGCGUUGUGAGUGGCUUUCUUAUGCUUAUUAUUGCUUGUAAGUUGUAAGUAAGUCUCAAAUCUUAUGCCAUAUCAUCUAAAUAAUUUGUUUAUCUGUUAGCUCUAUUCAACUACAAAUGCCACAUAUUACCCAAAGUAGCAGCUUGUGCAUUUCACACUUAUUUGUGCAUUU